CAACGUGUAACCGGGCCCUCAACUCGACGUAUUCCAAACCCUGUUGAGAAAUAUGGAGAUCGUCGAGUCCCAAGAGGCAUUUCGGUUCGUCGAAGGCAAACUCAGGUUCAGCUACAUGCAAUACAUUGUACGAGACAACAACAUCCUGUACCUCGGAAAGUGGGCGAAUCGUCACCAAGCACCUCGCGCUCUCUCCCAGCUUUACGACGUCGAAAAACUGCGGACAGAUGACAGAGGGCCGCAGCUAAAGCCUUCUUGGAAGGUGACGUUAGGACAGAGUUGUUACAUCAAGAGGCAAAAACUUUUCGACUAUGCAGGCAAGCUAGACCUCGAAAGACGAAUACUCCGCGAAGUCGAGACGUGCGAAAUCAUCAGAAAACAUCCUCAUCCCAACAUCGCCUUCUAUUACGGCGCUCAAGAAACCCGAGGACGAGUAUCAGGCCUCUGUUUCAAGAGAUACGUAUCGACAUUGCUUGACAAAGUUAACCCCCAACAUUUGAACAAGUCUACCUUCCUGCUUAGCGGGCGACCCCUUGUUGAACAUAGGAUGAAGGCACAGUUAAGCAGGAUACUAGAUGGUAUCCGACACCUGCAUUCGCUUGGGCUGGUCCAUAAUGAUAUUACGCCAGAUAAUAUCAUGCUGGAGGAGGACGGCACCUUGACUUCGACAGUUGCCGGCAUGUUGGGGAAGUGCUUCGAGACACCGACACUAAAAGGACGCAUGGCUGGCACGACCCUGCUGUGACGAUCGCAUCGGAGAAGAAUGACCUCGACGCCUUUGCAGAGCUUCGGACCUGGCUCUUCGGAUCGUCAGCCAACGAAUUCUUGUUUAAAUGAUUCGCUACGCAAAUCGACGCC